AUCGCCCACACGAUUCCAAUGCACGGUUGCCUAAAAACAUUAAUUUUAGCAAAAUUGGGGCAUAAGAGACUAAACCAAGGAUAUAGAACAUUGCAAAACAAUUAAUUGCUCUUUGAAGUUUAGUCAACUAAUUAUAUUUUGUGUUGUUGCCAUUAAUUGAUUAAUGCUUUUAGGCGACUCAAAAUUGUACAAAAAUAUAUUUAUUAAAUAAGAGAGAUACGAAUUAUAAUACAAUAAUUAAACGAUCAUAGAUUUUUCACUCGCCACUUUCUCUCUUUGUCUAAAACUGUGAGGGCAUUGUUUAGCUGUGAAGCGUCAACCAAUCAAAGAAGAAGAAGCAGUUUCUCUACCUGCUUCAUAAUUCGUAGCCAGUUGCCCCCGCAUCGGCUUACUAUGGUGAAACAGAAUUGCUUACUAUGGUGAGUAUAUGUGGUCUAAGUCUAUAAGCCUUACACAUAUAUAACGAUUAAACUCGUCAAUAUGGCUGACAGUACGAAGUCCCCUUCCAUCUUUUCCUCCAACCCCUCGCUACCGGGCUCCGUCCUUUAGGCCCAUGGGUUAAACGCGUCCAACUAUAAAUAGUUGUUCACGAACUGUGAAUGAAAUGGUAGGGAGGGUGUAACGUGCAUACCGAUUAAUCUGACAAAUGAGAAUGAAUGAUUUAUGAUUCCGUAAGCCGGAUCAGUGAAAAGACAAACUAUUCAUGUAUUGACAAACACUGACAGUCAUUCAAGUUUUGCAGCGAAAGAAAUACUCUUAAUUUGAUUACAAAAUGAAGGGGAUUUUAAUUUUCGACCACCUCAACGAUAUUCUUUUUACGAAGUGCAACAAAAAGUUUGCAAAUCAUGUACAAAAAUUAGCUAAAAUGCAGGGAUUAAUUUCUGAAAAUAAGGGUUUGCAGAAUACAAGUGACACAGACUCAAGACUCAAUCCAAAUAUCAUAAUGCAAUUGUUUUCUCCUAUUGUCACAUCUCAGCAUGUAAUGGCUUCCCAAUUUGGUAAUUCUUACACCUCUAUGAGAUGUCAGGAUGGGACAAAUAUGGUGUUCGAUGAAUUUAUGGGAUAUACUUUUAUCUAUAUUUCUUUGGAAGAAGUAGAAUUGAUGAAAAGAUGUUUAGGUGUUUGUGUAGCAAUUAUUAGACACGUCUGUGGCCCAGAUGUUGGAAUAUUGAAGAUAAGCAGACAAAAGGUAUGCUUAGUGUCUUCUUUGUUAGAUGGAUGGGUGCAUCUGAGAAAUUCUGAGCAAAGCAUGCUCACAGAAGCAAUAGAACAAUUGUCGAUAAACACUGACUUGGGCGUAUCAAUAUUAAAAGUAUUACACGAUGCUUGUGACAAAUUAAAGACACAAUCUGAAUUCUCUAAUGUUCACAUUUUGAUACUGGUGGAGCAAAAGUUUCUAUCACUGUAUUCGAGUAAAAAUGCUCAUGACUUAUAUGCUUCUGAUAUAUUGAUGAUGAUGCUCAUGUGUUGGGUAGUAAAUCUAAAAAGGAAAAGUGGUUAUCAAUUUGGACAGUACGGCAACACAGAUGACCGGUGUGAUAUUCUUUUGCCUGAUAAUAGUUCUUCCAAAGAGGAACAAAUUGCUUUCGGAGUAAAGCUUGCAAACCCUACUUCAGAAGAUAUUACAAACUUAUUCAGAGGGUCAAGAGAAUCUUCCAUUAACGAGGGUUUACAUUCUUUAAUGGACGAUGACUUGUACAGCAACGUACUUCUGCUCGGAUCAGAACACGAUUACAUUGCUAACGCAGUUCACAUUUUUGAACUAGCCGAUGGCAUUAAUCUUGUCAUGAUAGCGGAAGUAACAAAUUUGGCUACAUCAUCCGGAUUAUACGAUAGUUUUCAUUAUUUAAAUAUUAUAAACGGUUUGCAACUUCAAAGAGACAUCGACGAGCUAAGACCAGCAUUUGAGAAUUUUGACUUAGCUAUGAAGAAAGCGUUAGAUGGAAUCAAGAAGAACAGAGCCAAUGUUAGUAACGACGUUGACAUGUGUCAGAGAAGGUUGCAAGUAAAGUGGGAGUUUGUUAGGAAAAAAUAUAUGGAUCUCUUGAAAUCCAGAGAUCCAGAAUCUGUUCUUCAGAUUGAAUCGAAUACAUCUGGAUUCACAGAUAAUUUAAAAGAAUUAUACAGAUUAACGUGCUUCGAUAAGAACUUCUUAAAGCAAGGCAUUGACGUGCUUACAACCGUAGGCAGGCUCGUUCGUCAAAAAUUGAACGAUUUCAGUGACUUCCUGAAAGUGAAAGCACUGAAGAACUUCACGCUUGGAUCGAGAACUUCCCUAACCAUCAAUAAAUAUCUAGAAGAGUUUCCAGGCCUUGUGCAUUUCAUAUACAUAGACAGAACCACUCAUCGGCUAACAGCUCCGACGUUAGACUUCACCAAUCCAGAAACUCUCACUCUUACAACAAAGAAGAUCUGGAAUAUGGUGAAACAAAGUAGAAUGCAUUUAGAAGAAGGACACUUGUCGGUCAUGUGGAAAGAUACAACAUUCAAUUAUGCUUACUUUUUAUGGUUUGAGGACAGUUCUGGAUCACCAUUAAAGUGUAAAGUUUACUUGAAUCACAUAAUGAAAAAUUUUCCAGUGCCGGGUAUAUUUUGUGGAGAUUAUUACAGAAAAUUAGCAGAGACAUGCUUUCCUAAAUUAUCCGCGAAUAAAAUCAGAAUUUAUGAACUUUACUGCGUCCAUCUCGGCUUGGCAACGUCAUCGUGCGUUUUAGAACAUUCCAGGAGACUUGCGGCUACGAUAUGGGAAGUAACAGGUGUCCCGAAUAAUCCUGCCGACAUACUUUAACAAUGUUCCAGCAUUUCUGUACAAAAAAAAAAGCUUAAGGUUCCCCAAUAACUUGAACACUUUAUAUACUACGAUUAGUAUUUGAAGAAACUAUUUAAAAAGAAAAACUCUGAAUUAUUUAUGAAGUAUUUAACACACAUAUUAGUUUGAUAUUUAUAAAACAUGGUAAUGCAAAA